ACACACAACAGCUGGUAACCACAUUGAGGGAUAACUGUUUCUCGUAGCGGUCGCUGUUCUUGGGCCUUUGGGGUUUUGUUUACCUUUUGGACCCAUGGGCCAUGCAUACAGCACCAAUGCAGCUGGUAAACGGACGGUGGCACAGGUUUUCUUUUGAAGUUUUCGAGUCUGGUGUAAUACAUGAAGACCUGGCUAUGAGUUAACGUGCUGUUUACCACUUUUUACGUGAAGAAAUUAUGUGCGAAAUGCCAGGAUAAACAUUUCUAAGGUUUUCCCGUGUAAGGCUAUACUAAGAACCAUGUGAUGUCUGUCAGGUUAUUUCUCGGUAAGCAAUCUCCUUCUUUUUUUGCUUCUUUAUCGUGGCCUUGCGAAAAAUCAUUUAUGAAAAACAUUCGAACCAUGACAUCGCCAAACCAUUCGGCGGUACUUACGACGUAAAUGGAAUUUUGGAUUAUAUAUUUUCCCAGAGUGUGCAUCGUAGGUGUUUCACUUCCGCACGCAAAACCACGAAGCAAUACGAAUAAAACUUCGAAAAUGCUCUCACGACAAACACUUGUCCGCUACGCGGCUACGCCACCUUCGCGUCGUCUGCAAUUGCUCGUGCAUUCGAGAAGCAUCCGGGUACCUCGCGGCGCUCCGUCGCCCACGUGAUCGGUCUCCCUCCAAUGAGUGCGUGGGUUUCGCUUUUUCCUACAGAAUGUUCUCCGCGCUUCUCGGUUCGAUGAUAACAGGUAUAAAACUUGCGCGCAUCCUUUGAGCGGCGGAUUUGACAAAGUGCAUACAGUUCUGUGUUCUGCAAACGAGCGCAAAAACUCUCUUACUCGCAAAGCCAUGUCCGUUUACCCGCUCAUCACAAGCUCCUUCUGCGGUCCUCUGGAUAUUGCAGAGAGGCUACUCGAUGACACUUUCGUGCCUGGGAUACGGGACGGAGAUCUGUUCUCUCCUCCGGUCUACCAUCGUCGGUACUUUAUGACUCCACGGAGAGCCGACGACGCAAGCUUCGGCAGGUCGGACGAAGUCACCUGUACAUCGGACAAGUUCGCCCUCAACCUCGAUGUGAGGAAUUUCGCACCGGAAGACAUCUCGGUGAAGACGACGGAAAACGUAAUCGAAAUCCAUGCCAAGCACGAAGAGAAGUCUGACGACCACGGCUACGUUCUUCGAGAGUUCACGCGGCGAUAUACCCUUCCGGAAGAUGUGGACCCCGAGGCGGUGACGUGCAACAUGUCUGCCAGGGGAGUUCUCACACUUCAAGCGCCGAGGAAGAAAGCCGUCAAAGAAGAGAAGAAUGUUCCCAUUGCUGUGGAACACGUGAAGAAAGACUCCGUCACAGAAAAGUAAUUAUGAACUGAACUAGUCUGUGAAUAGGUCCUGAGUGUGUGAUACUAAUUUUGUGAGUGUAAAAAAAGUGAUGUAUAUAACCGGCGUAAAUAAAGAGUUCGUGUCCUCUUGAAAUGCA